AUGUCGUUGCAACAAGAUAUGAACGGUCUGCUGCAUGCCAUGCAUGCACAGAUUGCAACAUUAACUUCGCAACUCGCCGAGCUGCAGACAAACCCCCCUGCGGCAACCCCCUCGGUUGAGAAGAAAUUCAAUAAGAAAGUCGAAGUCGUUGCUGACCCUGGCGCCUUCGAAGGAGACAGAGCGUGGUUCACUGAGUGGUGGAUCAAGCUCCAAAUUUGGGUUAAGGCAAACUGGGACGCGUUUGCCGACGAUUUUGAGGAAUGCUACACCGCGGAAGUGUGGCCAACCUGGGACGAUCUCAAGAAAGAGAUCAAAAAAUAUUUUAAACCACAGGCCGAACGUGACUGGGCACGUCAGCAAAUCCAUUCUUUCAAACAAGGAAACAUGAGGAUGGAUGAUUACGUCACCAGGUUCCUGGCCCUUUCCAUCCAAGGAGGGCUUGAAAAUGAACAUGCAGUGGAACUGCUAGAAUACAAUGUGAACCCUCGCAUUGCAGAACAGAUCUAUCUGCAGGAUACUAGAAACGAGAACUUGGCCCUGGCAGCUGAGGAAGCGCCCUGGGUCAUCAAACCAUCAAAAAUAUUCUCACGGGUUCAAGCCAUUCGGGCUGCAACCAGGGCAGGGAGGCCCAUAGAUAUUGGUGCGGUCCAAGAGGGACAGAUGCGCAGAUUCAAGGGGAACUGCUACAAUUGCGGCCAAGAGGGACACAUGUCCCGAGACUGCAGAAAAGGAGCACAGGCCACUCAACAAAAAAAUAAUCAAGGGCGCCAGGCGUGCCAAUUAGAGUCCAAGAAACCGGACGAUCGGCUCCAGACUCUGGCUGGUUGUUCGUACAACAAAAUCCGGGCCUUCUUUUACGAUCAGCAAACUGCUGAAAUGAAGGUCCAGGGAAAAGAGUUCGGAGCUUAG